UUAACCUUUUUUUUUUAGAAUUUAUUUUUGAUAUUUUUGGUGAAAAUUAUUCUUAGAGUAAAGUAAAAAAAAAAUGACAACAACAGAAGUAUAUGAGAAACCAAAAUUGAGCUGUAAAUCUCGAGGGCCAGGCCCAGCUUAUAAUCUUCCUACACUGGUUGGAUACAAUGAUCAUGAUCCAUCACGUCACAGAUAUCCAGCGUAUUCACUCCGUAAACGUCUUGAUAGUAAAGGUGAAACAGUUGGUCCAGGACCUGAUUACAAUGUGGAUCAUUUGACUGAAAAAGGUCUUGAUAAACCACCAGAAUUUACAAUUGCUGGAAGAGCUCCAUUCAAAGUUAUUGGAUUUGGACCUGGUCCAGGUGCUUAUAAUCCAGAAAAAUGUCCACCAAUGAAUCACAGUAAAAGACCACCUGCUUAUUCACUCAAAUCAAGAUUAACAAAUAAAUAUGACAACAGUGGACCUGGACCAAAUGCCUACACUGUGCCAACUUGUUUGGGUCCAAGUAUUCCAGACAAACGAGCAUUUGGUGCUUUUACAAUUACUGGAUUAAGAUCACAACAAAAAAAAUAUGUUGGUCCAAGUCCAGCUCAAUAUACAAAAUUAAAUUAUGAUGUUAUUAAAAAAAAAACUCCUGCAUAUUCCAUGAAGUAUCGACACAAUACUCGCAGUCAAUCUUCCGGACCAGGACCUCAAUAUUAUCCUCUUUAUAAUACAAAAAAAAAUUCUCCACAGUUUUCGUUUGGUGUUAGACACAGUGAUUGUGCAUCACCUGCGAGGGUCGAGUUGGAUGAUUUGGAAGAUUAA